AUGGGAUCGAUGGAACGAAUUAUACCGGUGGCACUGCCGCGACGCACUCACACGCUCUCGCGCAUCACCAAUGAGACCAAAAUUCAGGUUUCGCUUUCACUAGAUGGAGGCUCACUUCUCCCAUACGAAGCCUCCCAACAUUUCUCGUCGUCGAUACCUGCGGCCCAGAAACAAUCACAUCCGGAGGUUCUAGUUCCUUUGCCUACAUCACACCAUGCGACACAGAUAACGCCCACACAGCAAAUAGCCAUAUCCACCGGCAUUGGAUUUCUAGACCACAUGCUCCACGCUUUGGCGAAACAUGCGGGCUGGUCUUUAGCCAUCCGCGCAAUCGGCGACUUAAUCAUCGACGACCAUCACACGGCCGAGGACGUAUUUCUGGCGGUCGGCGCCGCGUUCAACGCCGCGUUAGGGAAACGGACCUCUCUCGUCCGUUUCGGUCGCGGCGACGCACCCCUCGACGAAGCGCUAUCGUGGGCUGUCAUCGAUCUUUCCAAUCGACCAUACAGCGUGAUUGACUUUGGAUUCACCCGAGAGAAGAUCGGUGAGCUAAGUACGGAAAUGCUCACGCAUGGGCUCGAGAGUUUUGCCCAAGCUGCCAGCGUGACCUUACAUGUGAAGUGCGUCUACGGAAGCAAUAACCAUCACAGGGCAGAAAGCGCUUUCAAGGCGCUUGCAGUGGCUUGCAGGCAAGCUUGCGAGAGGAGAGCUGAGGGCGCAGUGGGCAGCGGAGACGUAACGAGUACAAAAGGUGUCCUUGGGUCAAGUGUGACUGGGUAG